ACAGUUCUCUGUCCAAACCCUAGAGUUCGUGUUCGUGCGAUACCCAUCGGUUUCUCCUUGAUAUACGAAGAUUCUCUAAUUUUCUCUCGAGAUCGUCUGCAAUUUCACCGUGAAUCAUUAGGGAUACAGUGGUUUUCGAUUCUAUAUCCUCGAUUCGGUGCUUGGAGAGUUUCAGGAUCUUCUGAAUUGAAGCUAGUGAAUUCAAUUUGCUUGUCGCGGUUCACGUGAAGAUCCUAUCAGAGAUUUGGAGACAUCUGAGCAUUGUCCCUGCGAUCUAUUGGAUUCAAUUCAACACGGACGUUCUCGUUCCUGAGCUUUCUCGUUGAUCUGAUGUCGUCUUGAAGCGCGUGAGAGGUUUCGUCUGUCGAAUCUGUUGAAGUCCAAUCAGAGAAAUUAAAUCGAAUGGCAAUUUAUUACAAGUUUAAGAGUGCGAGGGAUUAUGAUUCCAUCUCCAUGGAUGGUCCUUUUAUAACAGUUGGUUUUCUCAAAGAAAAAAUUUACGAAACUAAGCAUUUGGGAAGUGGUAAAGACCUUGACAUUGUCAUCUCUAAUGCCCAAACUAAUGAAGAAUAUCUGGAUGAAGCAAUGUUAAUACCAAAAAAUACUUCUGUUCUAAUUCGCCGGGUUCCUGGACGCCCUCGCAUCAGAAUUAUUACCAUACCAGAGCCGAGAGUUGAGGAUAAAGUGGAAAACGUUCAAGCUGACCUGAACAAUGUUAUUACUGCUGAUGCAUCUGCUGUUGAAGACGAAUGGGAUGAGUUUGGGAAUGAUUUGUAUUCAAUUCCUGAUGCCCCAGCAGUCCAUUCUAAUAACCUAUGUCAUGAUCCUGCACCAGCCGAUGAUAAAGUAGAUGAAGAAACCAAAAUAAAGGCAUUAAUUGACACCCCAGCACUAGACUGGCAGCAACAAGGUGCGGAUGGUUUUGGCCCGGGCAGAGGUUAUGGGAGGGGUAUGGCUGGAAGGAUGGGUGGCCGCGGUUUUGGAAUGGAAAGGAAAACGCCGCCACCAGGCUAUGUUUGCCAUCGGUGCAAUGUUUCUGGACAUUUUAUUCAACACUGCUCCACAAACGGUAAUCCUAAUUUUGAUGUUAAGAGAGUUAAACCACCUACUGGUAUCCCCAAGUCAAUGCUGAUGGCGACCCCAAAUGGCUCUUACUCCUUGCCAAGUGGCGCAGUAGCAGUUUUAAAACCAAAUGAGGAUGCGUUUGAGAAGGAAAUGGAGGGAUUGACAUCAACAACACGAUCAGUCGGGGAAUUUCCUCCUGAAUUAAAAUGCCCAUUGUGCAAAGAAGUGAUGAGAGAUGCUGCACUGGCAAGCAAAUGCUGUCUCAAGAGCUACUGUGACAAGUGUAUUAGAGAUCACAUCAUUGCCAAGUCAAUGUGUGCUUGUACAGCAACUGAUGUCCUAGCUGAUGAUCUGCUACCAAACAAGACCCUAAGGGAUACUAUAAACCGUAUCUUGGAGUCUGGUAACAGUAGUGCUGAGAACGCUGGCAGCAUGUGUCAAGUCCAAGAUAUGGAGUCUGCACGGUGUCCACUUCCUAAGGUUUUAUCUCCUACUACGUCUGCUGCAUCUGGAAGCGAAAAGAAACCAGCUCCUAGUAACAACAAUGAGAUUUCAACUCUAAAGCCGUCAAUAGAAAUACUGGAGAUCACAAGUACUCCUCGGGCGUCUGCAGAAAUAGUUAAAGUUGAAAAGCCAGUUGAUGCAUCUGAAAACAUUCAAGGAUCCUCAAAUGGCAAGGAAGCAGCAGUUUCACAACUGAAUGCGCAGGCCCCCAAGGAAGAAAUGCCGCAGCAGGUUGCUUCUGGGGAGCAAGGAAAAAGGAAGAAGAAGAAACCUCGGAUGACUGGAACCGAUCUAGCAGGCCCUGACUAUAUGAUGCCCAUGGGUCCAGGUCCCGGUAAUCAGUACUUCAAUGGUUUGCAACCCGGCUUCAACGGCGUCCAACAUGGGUUCAAUGGCGUUCAAUCUGGGUUCAAUGGCUUUCAUCAUGGUUUCAAUGGGUUUCCAGGCCCUUUUCCUGGUGCGAUGCCUCCUUUUGUUGGCUAUGGAAUAGGCCCCAUGGACAUGUCGUUUGGCGGUGUGAUGCAUCCAGAUCCUUUUGCUGCACAGGGCUUCGGGUUCCCGAAUAUACGACCACCUUAUAGGGACCUUGCGGAGAUGGGGAAUCGUAUGAAUCUCCAGCAUCCUAUAAUGGGGAGAGAAGAAUUUGAAGCCAAGAAAACUGAGAUGAAAAGAAAGCGUGACAACGAGAGACGGUCAGAAGGAGGGAAUGUCGUCAGGGACGGUGAAAAGAGCAGAAUAAUGAACAACUCGGCAGCAUCUUCCUCACCCAUGAAGCCAAAAUCUAGACAAGGACCUCCACCACCUAUUUCGUCGGAUUAUGACCGUCGCAGGCGAUCGGAGAGAUUAUCACCAGAGCGUCAGUCAUAUCGGAGGGUCAAAUCUCCCUCACGAUUAUCCAGCAGGAAAUCUGAGAGUGAUCGUCACAAUGACCAUCACCAAGACCUCGAUUCCGAACACGACCGCCGCCGUGACCGUCACAGAGAUACAGAUCGCAAGCACCGUAAGAGAUCCGAAAAGCCAUCAUCGGAACCAACCGCAGAGAUCGAUGAUAACCAUAAGUCCAACGUAUUCACUCGGAUAAGCUUUCGAGAGGAGGAAUCUUCUGGCAAACAACGAAAGACAUCAAAGGCUUCUCCAGCGCCUCCAGAGAGCUCGCUAGCCGCCGUUUCAUCGGGUCGUCGUCAUAGUCGAAGAGAAAGAGAGAUGGUCGAAUACGAUUCAAGUGAUGAUGAAGACAGACAUUUCAAGAGGAAGCCAUCAAGGUACAAGCGAUCUCCUUCGGUGGCACCUUCCGAAGCCGGUGAUGAGCAUUCCCGCCAUUCCAAGCGAUCAAAAGGAGAAAGAGCGCGAGCUUGAUUCGAACAAAUAAAGAUUCAAAUGUGUGCGCAAAUGACUGAAACGCCCUUCAUUAUCUUCACGGAGACGAAGCCAUGGCCUGAUUCUAUGACGAGAAUGCCCUCUGUCUCAGAGAUGGAAGAUGUUUAAGUAAUCUGCUUUGUUGUGUUGAGUUUAAGAAAAAAGUCAUAUGUAAUCGAAUGUUUUUGUUAUAUAAAUGGAUUUUAUUUCUCUAUCUUCUGUUUUAUUUUAGAACGAUUAAUGUUGCUCUUUUGUAUGACUUCUUAUUUAAUCAAAUACUAGCCGGAUCAUUGUUUUUGAAAUAA